AUGUCGAUAAACCAAACAUUUGCAACUCCAAGCUAUUCAUCCGAAAAUCUAAGUAAAUUUGUCCUAUUAGCUUCACUCGAAGUUCCUUCGAUACUCGUUUCAUUGUCGAUCUUUAUUUACUUUGCCUACUAUCGUACGACUCGUUUAACAUAUAAAAAUUAUUCUAUACUUGUUUUUCUGUUCGUCAAUUUUCUUCAAGUCGCUAUUGACCUUCCUAUGAUAAUAAGUUUUUAUUAUUUGAACGGUGUCGUACAACCGGCAACAUCAGCGUAUUGCAUAUGGUGGGUAUGGUAUGAUUUUUCUUUGAAUAUCGUCAACUGCUUCUUUAUGGCUUGGAUAUCGAUAGAACGUUAUCUACUAGUUUUUCACGAUACUCUUCUUCGAAAUCUUGCGCGUUGGAAACGACAAUUGUUAUAUAUCGUUCCUUUGCUGUUUUGUUCACUAUGGCCACCUUCAUAUUACGCUUUUACUAUUAUUUUUAGCCCAAUGUGUGUAACGACAAGAUAUUACGAUACACUUACAUGCGGUUUGCCGUGCUAUUUAUUCACAGUUUGGGGUAUAGUCGACCUUUUUCUUAAUACGACGUUGCCAGUCGCGACUAUUUUAAUUUUCAAUCUUCUUCUUUUUGGUCGUGUGAUUUAUCGAAACAUGACUGUCCGCGGUCGAAUGCAGAAUACUUGGCAUCGUCAUCGAAAAAUGGGAUUACAGUUAGGCAUGAUCUCGUUUGUAUAUCUUGCAAUUUGGAUUCCUGUUGUCGUCACCCAAUUUGGAGAAAAUUUUAUCAAUCCAGACUUCCUUUUCGACGCGUCGCAUACAUUUUAUUUUCUCAUCUGCAUUAUACCAUUACUUCUACCAAUGGUUUGUUUGAUGUCAAUGCCCGAAGUGCUGAAAGCAUUCAAAGUUCUCAUCUGUAAACAGCAAGCAGUAGCUGUUAUGCCAUCAAAUAGUAUUACAUUGAGACCGCUACCUAAAGCGAAUCCUGUCUCAAAAUGUUAA